AUGGAAUACAACAAUACCUACAACAAACCGUACUGUGGCGUCAUUUCCCAACCAUUACCACCUCCCGGGAGCUCUGGUUUCUUCCCGGCAAAUGACACUGCACCGACGUUCCUUAAAGUACCCAACCCACCGUACAUCAAGCAGGAGUCGGGCACGGGAGGCAGUGAUACGGUGAUCCAUGGUGGAACCAUAACGCCACCAGUAAACUAUAGCCAGAAUCAGCACUAUGCCGCUGAGUACGGUGAAUCGGUCGACAUGGAGAAACCUCUAUUCUAUCGAAAACAGUUCGACAUGCCUUACCUGUCGAAUGCGUACAUGCAACAUCAUCCGCAGCAAUUUAUGCAACAUCCUCCUCCGCAUCUCCCAGCUGCACCACCCAACCAUCAGCAUGUGACGCACCUGCAACAUCCACAGCAACAGCAUCUUCCACCACCUACUCCGACAGUGCCAUCCGAUAUGCAUUCGCCACAGCAAAUUGCACCCGAGCAUAUACAACGACCGCAACAUCCAGCAAGCUUCCACGAGUAUUUUGAUCAUUCGGAUCCUUCCUCAAUGGAACCGUACGCAUAUGUUCUCCAAAAGCCCACUGUAUCGACGUUGACCACGGAUGCGCCGCCAUCAAUGCUUUCUACCUCAUUUCCGGUAGCUCCAGCAGAAGCACGGCCAUCGUACGAUACGUGUGCGCGACCCGAACCAGCCAGCUUUAAAUGCGAAACCUGUCCGAAAACGUUCGAAUCGAAGGUUAAGCUAGAUAAGCACGGAAAAACGCAUCUGUCGAAUGGGGCGCAACAGGAUUUCAAGUGUCGAAUGUGUGAUAAAACGUUUCGCACCAGAAGUACACUGAUCUGCCACGAAAAAGUACACGGCGAGAACGGUGUGGACAAUAGCUUUUCGUGCGUGGAGUGCGGUAAAGUGUUUGCGACUGCCGAAAAGCUACAGGUACAUCGGCGUUUACAUACGGGCGAAAAGCCUUACCAGUGCAAGGUGUGCCUAAAGUACUUUAACCAUCAGUCGAACUUGAUCGUACACUCGCGCAUUCACGAGAAAGUGAAGAAAGCGCUCAAAUGCGCCCGUUGCAGUAAGGUGCUGGAUAAUGAGGAACGUUUGGCCAUCCAUAUGCGAUUGCAUACGGGCGAAAAGCCCUACAAAUGUUCGUACUGCGAUAAGCGCUUCAAUCACAAGAGUACGGUCAGUACACACGAGAAGGCGGCGCACAUAGCGGCCAAUUCGUUCAAAUGCGCACGGUGCCAUAAGACGUUUAAUCAAAAGUGCCAACUGCAGUACCAUGAGAAGCUGCAGGAGGAGCAUACGAUCGCGUGCACCCACUGUGAGAAGGUGUUCUGUUACAAGGCCAGCCACAAGGAGCACAUGUUUAAGGUGCACUUUCCACGUCCGAAAAAAGAACUAAAGAAGGAACAGACGAGUGAUGAUAGGAAGGGUGGUGUUGGGGAUGGUACCGGUGGUGGUGGUGGCGGCACAGCGAGUUCCAGCACCGGAAAUGGCAAUCAGGGAAGGAACAAGUUCAAAUGCAACGUUUGCGAUCGUCGGUUUUAUUACAAACGUGCGCUGGAAGUGCACAUGGGGGUGCAUGACGCAUCGCUGGAUGUGAACGUGCUGUACUUUUCGUGCAACUACUGUCCGGAAACGUUCACUGAGGAAGAUUCGUUGCAGAAACACGAAGCCAAUCACGUAGCCGCCGGGACGACCGACUUUCUGCGGAACAUGAGGGAAUUGGAACAGUCGGAAAAUCCUGCCAACGGGCAAGUCGAUGGUGGGUUUUGUUGCCCGUUAUGCUUUAAGCGUUUCGAGGAUCAACAAACGUUGCGCGAUCAUCAUAAAACGCACCUUUGCUCGUACCCCGACUGCACUAAAUGUGGACCAGCGCGUAGCGAUGAGUUCGAUCUGACGCGCAGUACGUACGAUGCUAACGAUGACACGCGUGAAACGGUAUGCAACAUUUGCCACCGCCAGUUGCCAACGUUCGAGCAGUUUCAGAAUCAUUUCCACUACCAUACGUCCCGCGUACCGUUCUACUGCUAUCACUGUCGGGAGGAGUUUACCGACAAGCGGGAGCUGUACAACCACUCGAGGACGCAUUCGCAGCGCGAACCGGAAUCGUAUACGUGCGAGGUAUGCGCGAAGGUGUUCUCGACCAAGGGCAACUUUAAACGGCAUUUGAAAUCUCACGAAACGGUCCGUGCGUUCGCGUGCGAUCGUUGUUCCAAGCAGUACGAUUAUAAGAGCGCACUGGAGGUGCAUCUGAAGCGAUCCCACGGUAUCGAACUUUAG